GUCUGGCUCUCCUCCAGAUGAGACAUUAUGACAUCUGAAGCACCCAGCAUUGAUAAAGACAAGGGUAGAAGGGACUUCUGACACACUCUCUCUUUCAGCCUCUUAGAGAAGAGAGCUGGCAUGGGAGACACUUUUAACUGCCCACAUCCAGGUGAGACAGGAUGAUGACUUCCAAUCUUAACUUCAUGCCCAUACAGAGAUUAAAACAAGUUUUUCACACUGUUUGGAGGAUAAGUUCCUGCUGCUGGCCUGGUUCGGUCACAGAAGGAGGAUUGUCGGCCUCUAAAGAAUGGUUGCGGCGGUUCAUACUUUUGAAGCUGGUGACUGUGCUGCUGUUUCCUGGUGCUCAGGGUGCACAGCUCUCCCUGCUGGUGGGCUGUGUUUUCAGCCUGCAGGCCCUGUUGCUGCUCCACUCCCCUCACAUCUCCACAAAGCCCUCCACCGUGCUUCUGGGUCAACUGGCUCUUGCAGACGGUCUCGUGCUGCUGAACUGGAUGCUUCAUCUGGGAGCGACACUGGCCUGGUGGAUUGAGGAGGCGGGCUCUGAGGUGGAGAUGGGCUUCAUGAAAACGGGGGGAUCGGCCCUGUGGAGGGAGGUUGUGAGCGUGCUCUGUCAGCAGCUGCUUGAUGCUCACCACCUGGCCUCUCUGCUCCUGCUGGGGCUGCUGGGAUUGGAGGCCACACUGGUGUCACGCUGGCCUCAGCAGACUCGGAGAUUCAGGACUUCUCACUGUGCUCAGCUCAGCUGCAGCCUGGUCUGGGUUCUUGUACUCUUAGAACUGCUGUUAUUGCUUCGCUCAAAGGUUUUGCAGGACUCCAGAACUCAGACGGACCUCUCACCACUAGAAAACUCUCAGACUUUCUCUCUUGGCAGCUGGCCUUUCAUAUCCCUCCCACCUUUCUCAUCCUGCCUGCGGAGGACAUUAUGGCUGCUGAAUUUAUGGCUGCAUUAUGUUUUCCUUUGCGGGAAACAACAGAAGAGAAGGAGCUCCUUUCAUUAAAACCUAAUGUAUUCUCUAGCCCUUCAAAUGUAUAAUUUAUUUUAUUUAUGUAAUAAAUCUACCUAUGACUUGU